AUGCCGUCAAUAAGUAAAACAAAAAGCGGUGAGCGCUAUCGCGCGCCCACCGAUCAGGCUCGAAAACAGGACCGAAAAAAAGAGAAUAAGCGGAAUAAACGAGACAGACAACAGAUAAGACAGGCGAUGGCCAAAUUCUGUAAUUUGGAUGAGACGACGAGUAAACUGUUGGCGUUGGAACGACAGAUUCUCGGGCUCGAUCCCCAACCGUUUCAUAUUGAUGUGUUGAGAAAAAAACAGAAAGUUCUACAAGAUUCGAUUAAUAAACGGCGGUUGACACUGCAACAGGGGAAAGAGGAAAACGAGCUGAAAAAGUUCAAUGAGAAAAUUAAUGCGUAUCAGGCGGAUUGCCAGAAAUUGGCUCUUCUAGCUCAACAAGCGCGUCUCGCUCGUGAAGCCGAUCCCGACAUGAUUCCACUUCCAAUGGGUGAAGUAUCGAUGGCUGGACCCGACAGGAAUAGCCAAUUGUUGGCGCCCGCGAUGAUUAAACGAAAAGUCGACUUCCAACUACCACCCCGUCCCGCCCGUGCUGGACAGAAACCACCUGGACCCCCGUGUGGAUUGGCUCCGAAUUUCAGUGAUAGCGAAGAGGAAGACGAGGGAAUCAACGACGAUGAACAGUAUGAUGAUGGAGAUUUGGCACCGGUGCCAAUUCCCGAAUUCGACAAUCACUACCCGCCGAUGCAUAGGAAUUACGGUCCCCCAUCAUCAUAUCACCACCACAACAAUAUGCCACCACCGCCACAACGAAUGCCCAAUUACCAUCCACACCCUCACUCUCAUCACCCAUACAAUCCAAUGGGUUUCCAAAAUCAUCACGAAGACGCCGUCAUCUCGUCAGCGCCUCAGAUCAAUCGUGGCAAUUCUGAUGCGGCUGGCGCGCCGGCGACGCUCUCCGCCGCUCCGGAACUCCGAAAUUUGCGUCGAGAGACUGUGAAGUUGGUGCCGGCUCAACUGCUCCGACGUCCUGGAGACAAUCGGAGUGCCGCUGUGCAUCAGAUGGCACCGCCCGUUCAGAGAAGACAAGAGACGCAGCAGAAACAACAGGCGAAGAACACUGAUGAGGCGUAUAAUGAUUUUAUGAAGGAACUCGAUGGACUCAUUUAA